UGUGCGGCGAUGAUCAACAACUGAUUAUGAUUUCACCUCUCCUCCCCUCCUCUGAGCCAGAAGGAAAGGCUGCAUGUGAGGGAACAUGAAACGCCGGGAAGGAAGGGAGCCGCCUUUUCCUGGCACUACCCUCUUGAGAAGAUGCUCCUAGACCUGUUUAUACACAGAAAAAUAUCAGAAUCAAUGAAUGCAGUUUGCUCGCUUCAUCAUCCGAGUAACCAAUUCAUCGAGUCAUUGCCCAGGGUGAGUGAGUUGUUACUGACUAAAAAUCAUAGGGGUAUAUUCUUUUGCUGGAAGGGUAAACUUGCGAGCUUAAUGGGGACAAAAACCGUACUAAGGAAAUUGACG